ACAUGUGCGUCGAGGUCAUCGAGCCGUCCUGGUGCCAGCUCAUACACAGCCUGGAGAAGGUAGGUGUAUCACACACGUGGUGGAGCAACGUUCAUGCUGAGCUGCAUCCAGCACCUGCAGUACUACAUGUGCGUCGAGGUCAUCGAGCCGUCCUGGUGCCAGCUCAUACACAGCCUGGAGAAGGUAGGUGUAUCACACACGUGGUGGAGCAACGUUCAUGCUAAGCUGCAUCCAGCACCUGCAGUACUACAUGUGCGUCGAGGUCAUCGAGCCCUCCUGGUGCCAGCUCAUACACAGCCUGGAGAAGGUGAACAACGUGGACGAGGUGCUGGAGCGGCACAGCGACUUCCUGGAGCAGUGCCUCGGCGACUGCAUGCUCACCAGCCCGCAGCUGCUCAAGGCCGUCACCACGCUGUGCCAGGUGUGCGUGCAGUUCUGCGCCUUCAUACAGGAGAUGCAAAAGUACUUCGUGGACGCAGAGCUUAACAGUAUGCUCGGAUCAUCGUAUGACAGUUCAGACUAUAGCGAGGUUAGCGAGGUACCGCCAAUGUCACUAGCACUCGAGAGUUACACGCACUUUACACGAGUUUGGAGACCAUUUCAUGAGAUCACAGUGUGAGUGUGAACGCAGCCGAAAAUUAUUAUUCGUACCGUUUGGUGUGAAAUUGUGAAUCGAAAUAUUUUUUUUUAAUUGUUGUAUUUCAUUUUCAGUGAGGGUUGUAUUAUUUAUUACCUCUCAAUAUUAUACAGAUUUGGAUAACGCCCAUGUGGGGUAAUAGAAA